AUGAACGGUAACACCAACAUGAAUGUCGUCAAUAUGACUGGAAUGAACAUUAAUAUGGCUGGACUAAACAACCAACGACUGGCUGCAAUGGCAGCGAUGAUACAAAACCAAAACUUCAACAACCCCAUGCAAGCAGCACAACAGCAUCAACAACAGCAGACUGCCCAACAAGCUGCACUGCAACAACAGCCACCACGCCCUGGUAUAAGUAGAGCGACGACUUUACAAAGCGGAACUCCUGUUCAGCAGAAAGAUCCUCAUAAUACCAACUUGAUGUCUGCUCCAUCGUCGGCUCCAUUACCAACUAAUAACAGCACUUCUGCUGGAAAUACUCGUGGCCAUACUCCACAGAUGGCUGUUCAGCUGCAGCCCACUCUGUUCAACCCACAGCUUCAACAAGGACAGCAGUUGCAACCUGGCCAGAAGGUGAAUGGACUUCUUCCAAAUAACGUAACGCCGAUAAUGGCGCUGCAGCAACAGCCAACUCCUGGCGGACAAAGAGCAGCACUUAUAAGCCAGCAGCAGUCACAAGGACAGUCCCAAUUUCAGCCUGCUGGUCAGCAAGCCAUAGGAGGACAGAGACCACAGGGACAACAGACGCCUUUGCCACAGCUGGCCCACGAACAAGACCAGAUACAGAAUGAAAUGAAUUCAAGAGUCCUCAAGCGCAAUUUAGGAAAUGCUGGCGCCAUGAGGGUUCUCGAAUUUAUCGAGCAAAUCAGCAACGAAUCGCCUGAAAACUUGACUAGUAUAGAAUACUGGCAACGUUUAAUCCAUACUUAUUGUAUGCCCACAUCGAUCUUCAGAAUUUCCACUGCUGCCACCUUGCCGUCAAGCUCUGGAAUUUUUUCACAUGGAGCAGCCAUGAAGCCGAACUUAUUCAAUGUCUCAUUUUUAGAUGCAAAUUUAGAUACGACUUCGGGUGUAUCAUCCAAGUUCUUCGAACUUACUACUGCAUUUGCUGCUCGAUUUUUUGUUACAAAUGUUAUCAUUGGAAAUGUAGCUAAAUUCUACGUAGCAUUGCCUGGCUUAAAAUUCCAGGUGAUGAACAAUGGUUCCAUCUUCCUAAUUUCCAGAUUGCAACAACAGUACAUCUACAACGAUGGGUCAAUAGCCAACCUCACCGGAAAUGUAAAGCUAGUCAUGAAUCGUGAUUUAAGGAUAGAGUCAGUUGAUAUCCAGUAUUUGAGCUACCAGCCUUCGAUCAGUUUUCCUGCCCUUGAGGCUGGAUGGAAAUUAUACAUGGAGUCCAAGUCCAAAGAAAUGAACAAAGGUCCAUAUGACCUGAAGGAAUUUCUUUCCCAGAUUCACAGAACCGCAGAAGCUAUCAGAAACACACCGGGAUCUGGCAUGCACGAAAAUGUAAUGAGAAUCUUACAAGUUGGUGACGUGAUGUCUCAAUUGAAACCAUUGAUGGGGUUUUCCACCAUAAACAGUAUAAAUUCUCCAUUAAAGUCAUUAGAACUAUUUUUGGCUACCAAUAACCAACAAGCACAGGGACAGCUACAA